AUGUCGAAGGUAGAAGUACACUAUUUCGAUGUGCGCGGACUUGGAGAAGCAAUUCGAACACUCCUGGCGUACGGUGGUGAGAAGUUUGAAGACAUUCGGUACACAGAUGAACAAUGGGAAGAAUUUCGUUCGUCGACUCCAUUCGGUCAGUUACCAAUCUUAGUGAUAAAUGGUAAAGUCUACAGUCAGAGUAACGCAAUGGCUCGAUAUCUUGGACGCAAAUACGGCCUCGCUGGUGGAAGCGUUGAAGAAGAGUUCGAAAUCGAUCAAAACGUCGACUUCUUCACGGAGUUUCGAAGCGUUUCAGCUGAUGCCUACUAUGAAGAAGAUCCAGAGGUUAGGAGUAAAAAAAUAGAUAAGCUAUUCAAAGACACGGCGCCAAGAAUGUUAAAAAAACUGGAUGAAAUUAUAACCAGUAACAAUGGAUAUCUUGCAUUGGGAAAGCUUACUUGGGGCGACUUUGUAUUUGCUGGAAUUUACGACUACAUAAAAUAUAUGCUGCAAUCACCAGAUCUCGAUGUGAAAUAUCCUAGCUUCAAGAAGCUGGUAGAUGCUGUGAAUACAAUCCCUAACGUUCAGGCUUUCAAAGAAAAAGCCCCUAAAACUGACGUAUAA